UCGGAGCGGAAGAAGGAAGAGCAGAGGGAAAACAUUCAUCUCCGGUGGAAAAAAUCCUCCACAAACACCGAAUCUGUGCGAUGGAAGUCCCGGGACCGGACAGCGACUGGAGGAGCCCCCAGUUCCGACAGAAAGUCGUCGCUCAGAUUGAAGAGGCCAUGAGAAAGGCGGGAACAGCGCACACCAAGUCCAGCAACGACAUGGAGAACCACGUGUACGUCAAAGCCAAAUCCAGAGAGGAGUAUUUGUCUCUGGUGGCGAGGCUCAUCAUUCACUUCCGAGACAUCCACAAGAAGUCCCUGGGAGGUCCAGAUCCCAUGAAUACCCUGACUAACCUGACAGGGGUUGGAGGGGGCCCUGGCGCCAUUGGCAUGGGGCCUCGCCCCACCGGUGCUCCAGUGGGUGGCAUGGGGGCCAUGGGGCCGAUGCAGAUAGGCCAGCAUGCCAUGGCAGGGGUGGCUGGAAACCCACAAGCCAUAGGGGGUCCAGGCCAGAUGCCGAUGCAGCAGAUGGUGCAAGCGCAGCAGCAGCAGUCCAUCCAGUUCCAGCAGUUCCAGCAGCAACAGCAGCAGCAGAACGCCAUGCAGCAGCAGAACGCCAUCCAGCAGCAGUUCCAGGUGCAGCAGCAGCUGAGGGUGCAGCAGCUGCAGCAGCAACAGCAGCAGCACCAACAGCUCCAGCAGCAGCACCAGAACCAGCAGCAGCAGCAGGCCCAGAACCAGCAACAGCAGAACCAGAUGCACCAGACGAGGAUUCAGCAGCAGCAGCAGCAGCAGCAGAUGGUGCAGCUGCAGCUCCAGCAGCAUGCCCAGGCUCAAGCUCAGGCUCAGGCUCAGGCUCAAGCUCAAGCUCAAGCUCAAGCCCAGGCUCAGGCUCAGGCUCAGGCCCAGGCUCAGGCCCAAGCUCAGGCCCAAGCUCAGGCCCAGGCCCAGGCCCAGGCUCAAGCUCAGGCUCAGGUCCAGGCUCAGGCCCAGACCAUGCAGCACAUGGUUCAGCAGCAGCAGCAGCAGGUUCAGGCCCAGGGUCAGCCUCAGCCGGGUCAGAUGCCUCCACACUCUCAGCAGCAGCAGCAGCAGCCCGGCAUGGUGCCUCAGUCUCUGCCCGGACAGAUGACGUCCGCUCAGCACGUUCCCAUCAACUCGCUGAAUCAGCAGCAGCAGCAGCACCAGCUAAAGAUCCAGGCCUUCCAGUUGGGUCGUCCUGGGAUGCAGAUUCCUAACCGACCUCGAGCCGCCCUCAACCCCUCCAUCCCUCCUCCAAAUGCUGCUGCAGCUGCCGCCGCCGCCGCUGCCGCCGCCGCUGCUGCUGCUGUGGGAGGACAGCCGAUGACGCAGCAGGUGCAGCAGCACUCGAUGAUGUCAUCGCCCUCACCUGUGCAGGUCCAGACGCCGCAGUCGAUGCCCCCUCCUCCCCAGCCGUCACCGCAGCCCCCCACCUCACAGCCCAACUCGGCCAGCUCCGGUCCAACUCCGUCUCCAGGGGGUUUCCAACCCAGCCCCUCCCCUCAGCCCUCACAAAGCCCUGCCACCGCCCGCACCCCCCAGAACUACGGAGUCCCCUCUCCAGGACCCCUUAAUACUCCAGGUAACCCCAGCUCGGUGAUGAGUCCGGCGGGGGCCACAUCUCUGGAGGACCAGCAGUACAUGGAGAAACUCAAACAGCUCUCCAAGUACAUUGAACCUCUGCGCAGGAUGAUCAACAAGAUCGACAAAAACGAAGACAGGAAGAAAGACCUGAGUAAGAUGAAGAGUCUGCUCAACAUCCUGACCGAUCCAAACACCAGGUGUCCUCUGAGGACUCUGCAGAAAUGUGAGAUAGCUUUAGAGAAGCUGAAGAACGACAUGGCCGUGCCGACCCCCCCCCCUCCUCCCGUGGCCACCAAGCAGCAGUAUCUCUGUCAGCCACUGCUGGACGCCGUCAUGGCCAACAUCCGCUCUCCGGUCUUCAACCACUCCCUGUACCGGACCUUCGCCCCCGCUAUGACCGCCAUCCACGGACCCCCCAUCACUGGUCCCAACGUCUCCGGUCGGAAGAGGAAGCAUGAGGAGGACGAGCGGCAGACCAUCCCCAACAUCCUGCAGGGGGAGGUGGCUCGCCUCGACGUCAAGUUCCUGGUCAACCUGGAUCCUUCCUUCUGCAGCAACAACGGCACCGUGCACCUUGUCUGCAAGCUGGAUGAUAAAAACCUCCCCAGCGUUCCCCCCCUGCAGCUCAGCGUUCCUGCUGAUUAUCCCGAGCAGAGUCCGUACUGGGCUGACGACGGGGAGCAGUACGGUGCGAACAGCUUCCUACAGACGGUCCACAGGAACAUGACGUCCAAACUGCUGCAGCUGCCGGACAAACACUCAGUGACAGAACUGCUCAACACCUGGGCUCAGAGCGUCCGCCAGGCCUGUCUGUCUGCAGCCUGAGGCCCCGCCCACUGCCCACCUGACCUCACCUGCUGCAGCCACAGUAACCCCACCCCACACACUGUUUACAUGGACACUACAGUCUGACUCGACAUCAGACCGUUCUCAUGUCUGUGACUCGUCACUUUCAGACAUUUUCAAACUUUAAAGGUUCUGGGUCAAACUGCAACUCAGACCACAUGACUCAGCCUGGUAACAGACUGACAGGUGUGAGGCGUUCAGGGACUAAAGUGAGGGUGGAGGGUAAAAGGAGGAACUGAAACACUUUGGAUCCAGCUGAAGGACCUAAAGAACCUCAUGUUCAGACAAGAACUGCAUCAAGAUCUGCUACAAGGACACAAAUCCCCUCCCCAUUCACCCCUACAGCCACCGUCAGAAACCCUGUGACCUCAAAACCCCCAACACACCUUAAGAACCAGUUUAAGGACCCAAUGAACCCCAAAAUCAACCUGUAGAACCCCCCCAAGGACUAAAGGAACCCUUUAGUUGCAACUGCAAAAAUCAUUUCUGGAGAGAGAACCUUUCAAACACAUUGACUGUACCUGGUUUUCGGUCUCACCUGUCAGACCUGUUUAACUGUCAUAAAUAAUGUGGAUGUGGGAAAUUAUCCAGCUGACGUCACGUAGUCUGAGUCUGACAUUAGUCCUGAGUCCAGCUCCUCACCUGUCAGGUGUCAGCAUCCAGGUUUUAGACGGAGCCACUCGCUUGUAGACAACAUCUCCAGUCAGGAAACGUAAAGGGAAACGAGCAACAGCUCAGCUGUUAAUUUAUCCUGGCUUUUAUUCUGCUCCCUGAACGCAUCACGAGUUUGUUUCUGUUGCUUAUUUAGUUGGAACGAGUUUCUGUUUGAGGUGUAAUUAAGUUUUGUACCACAGAAGAAGAUGAUGAUGAUGAUGUGUGGAAAAAGGUUUGUACACUUUGGUUCAAAGUGAAAAUAUAAAUGUAUUUUCUGCUUUUAUAAAUAAAAACUUGUCAUU